AUCUUCCUUUUUUUUUUACUUGUAAUUUUUAUUAUUAUUAUUAUUAUUAUUCAUAUUAAUAGUUCUUGACAAUCUAUGACAACAAAUACGAAAAAUAUAUCACCGCAUCCAAUUGUCAAGACAGAAAAGUCAAAAGAACCUGAUACAUCUGUUGGUAGUUAUCUUAUCUGUGAAAAAAUAGGUCAAGGUUCUUUUGCAACUGUCUAUAAAGCGCAGCAUAAAGUCUCUGGUCAUUUGGUUGCUAUCAAAUCUGUCUUGCGAUCUAAAUUAACAAAGAAACUAUUGGAAAAUUUAGAAUCUGAAAUAUCUAUUCUUAAAGCUAUACGCCAUGACCAUAUCGUUGGUUUAUCAGAAUGCCAAAAAACUGAUACUCAUAUACAUCUUGUCAUGGACUUUUGUACAAUGGGUGAUUUAUCGCAAUACAUCAAACGAAUACGAAGCAGCAAAACUACUCGAGGUCCUCUUGGUGGUUUACCGGAAAUCACCGUUCGUCAUUUUUUGAAACAAUUAUCAUCGGCUUUACGUUUUUUACGCUCACAAAAUCUUGUCCAUCGUGAUAUCAAACCUCAAAAUUUAUUAUUGGUAUCACCUCAUGAAGAUUCUAAUGAAGAUAUAACAAAUGAACUUCCUAUUCUUCAAGUAGCAGAUUUUGGUUUCGCUCGAUUCUUACCAAAUGCUAGUUUGGCUGAUACCUUAUGUGGAUCACCUCUUUAUAUGGGUCCUGAAAUAUUAUCCUACAAGAAAUAUGAUGCCAAAGCUGAUCUUUGGAGUGUUGGUGCUGUUUUAUAUGAAAUGAUUACUGGUCGCCCACCAUUUCGUGCUCAAAAUCAUUUGGAAUUACUCAAAAAAAUUCAAGAAAAUAAUGAUGUGAUUCGAUUCCCUGAUGAAAAAACCCCUGAAUCUUCUUCCUUGGUUGGUGAUGAUCUCAAAGAUUUGAUUCGAAAGCUUCUCAAGAAAGAUCCAGUAGAACGUAUUUCCUUUGAAGAAUUCUUUGCCCAUCCUGCUAUUCUCCAUGGUGAAAAUUCGUUAUCAUCAAGAGCAACUCCUUCAGUUAGGUAUUCGUCAUCAUUAUCUCCUCAUCCAACAACAUCGAAACCCAUUACAAAACAUCGUCAUGAUCAACCUACAACUACAUAUGAAACACCUCCAUUUGCUCAAGCGUCAUCUUUACCAACUCACCAAGACCCUCGAAAAGUGGGUCCAAUAUCACCUCCUUCAUCAAGACAUAAUCGAAAUAGACCUUAUAGAGAUAUCAGUAAUGGGAAUCCUUCUCCGAUUCAUUCACGUGGUCGAUCUGGGAAAGCGGUUGAGUUCAAUGACUUGCAUGAAUCAGGGGCGGUGAUCAAAAGAUCGACUCGACAUGGUGAAGAAGAAGAUGUUUUACAAGAAUACGUGGUACUGGAUAGACGAAUCAUUGAAACGAAUCAAUUUGCUGAUGAAAUCAAUGCUUCACCACAUAACGAAGAUGGAAAUCGACAACGAGGUGAUUCAAUAGGGCAAGUGGCCAUCCCACGACGAAAAUCUUCAUCUUCUUCUGAUCAAACUGGAUACCCACCAUCAUCUACUUCACCCAAUACUCCACCAUUCGUUGUUUCUCGUGAACGAAGGAUUAGUGCGGGAACGGCUGGAUCUGCUCUCGCCAAAGCAUUAUCUAUGGCUUCUGAACGACUUUUUGGGACUGGACAUUCACCACCAAACUAUAAUCGUUUACAAAAUACUAUGGUAGGUUCUCCACGUGGAUUUUUAAUUAGCGCUGCUGCUGCUCAAGAUAUGGAAGAAGAAACAAAUACUUGUGAUGAAGACGAUGACAAGACAAUGGCAAUGAUUGAAAAGGCAGCAUGUAUGGGACACGCAGUAGCCAAGUUUGCAGAUAUUAAAUUUGAACUUCUUGUUGGUGGUCGUGGUGGUAUUGGAAUGGCAAAUGAAUCUACUUUGGCUGCUGAAGCAUUAGUUCUUCAUCUCAAGGCAUUGGCAUUAUUGGAAUUGGGUUUUGAAACAGCAAAGAAAUAUUGGCAUCGACGACGUUCCAUCAACUCUCCAUGGCAGCAACAACAAGAUAAUUUGAAUUCAAAACCUUCUGCAAUACGAUUGAAUGAUGCAGUACAAUGGAUGCGUGAACGGUUUAAUGAAUGUCUAGAUCGUGCAUCUUUUGAGAAAUCAAAAUGUGAUCAAUAUGAUGAUUCAUUAAAUGGAAACAAUCCUUGUGUAGAAAAGCUAUUAUAUGACCGUGCACUUGAAAUGAGCCGUGCAGCUGCAGUACAUGAACUUGUUGGGGAGAACAUUGCAGAGUGUGAACAAGAUUACAGAACAGCUAUAUGGAUGCUUGAAGCAAUCUUGGAAGUAUGUGAUGAUACAGAAGUGACAAUUGAAGAAGAGGAUCGAAAAAUCAUUAAUAAAUUUAUUGAUUCCAUUCAACAACGUAUAUCAGUCUUACGGAAAAAAAUACUUGAUCAAAAAGAACAACAAUACCCUUAUCAUAACAACAACAACAACAACAACAAUAGUGGCAGAAACAUGAUGACUACAGCAACAACAGCUACUAUUGGUCAAACUACUCAAACUUACAUUGCAACCGAAGGAAGAUGAUUUUUAUAGUUUUCUUACAUUUUGUAUACAUUUGUCUUCCUAUUUGUAUAUAUGGUUUUCUUUUUAAUAGUUUUCUUUUGACAAUAAAGAUCAUUUUUACACAAAC